AUGCUUCCCGCUCUAACCAUCCAAUAUUACGCUGCUGGAAGAUGGCACAGUGGCUAUGAUCUCCGGGAAGUGCUAAACUUGUGCAGCAUGAUCAUGAUCCCCAUUUGUUGGGUGAUACUUCUCACUAUUGUUAAACGGCUGAACAAGAAAACUUCCGAUCAUGACAUCGAAUAUGCGACGUUGACUUUGAACAUGUUUACUUGGAUGGGACUAAUGUUCUCUGAGAGUUUGUUUUUACUCAAUAUGUAUGACAACAAGACUAAUACGAGUGAGAUAUAUUUUUUGAUAUAAAGUUGCAUCGUCGUUUUAGCCGCAACGUACAACAGCCGCUGGACUGCUUUGACAUCGUAUACUCUUUCUUCUUGCGUAAUUGCAAAAACAAUGUCGGUCUGGGCGAUCGUAACCGACAAGAUUUUGCACUUUUCUGUCCGAGCUUAUCGCUGGAAUCGAGCUGAAUGUUUUUUGUAUUAUCCAUUGUCAAUCAUCGUAUUCCCUCUACUGCUCGUUUUUAUUCAGAUGAGCCAUAAGUGGCCGGAAGAUGGCUAUGAAAGUAAGGAGUUCGAAAUUCAGCGUAUUUUACCUACAAUAUCAAAAAUUUGAGGAGUAGUUACAAAUCAGCGAAAGACGUCUUAGAAGUAGUGCAGCUAAAAUAGUUGGAAUUGUUACAGUAACAAAGCAUCAAUUUCCAGGAUGCGGCUCAAUUUACUGCCGGUCCAACAAGGUGUUACCGAUGACCCACUCUUUGCAAUUUGUGAUGGGUUGUAUUACUGUAGCGAUGGGAUGCAUGUUUCAACGAGUUUUCGAUCGAGCUGACCACUGCAGUUUUGAAUAUACUGCUUACAGAGUGAGUCGUCACUAAUCUGAUUUACAUUUUUUUCACGUAAGGAUUCAAACCCAGUCGCCGUAUUUUACCUCAAAAAAAAAGAUUCCUAAAGGCGACCGUAGUUGUUUCCUGUGAUUUUGCUGCUCAUUCCUUGGGUGCUUUCAGAACAUCACGUUCACUGUGUUGUCAACCAUGAAUGAGGUGGUCUUUGCCUUCGUUCCCAUAUUCGGAAUCUGGCUCUCCCAUUUGGUAUGUGAGUUUGUGAUCCAAAUUACAUCAACGAAUAACCGAAAAUGUUAAAUGUGUGCCUUAAUUUAAAGGAUUUUAAUUUGAGGAAGAAGUUGCGACAAAUUUUAGGUUCGGAAUGUUCGGCGAAAACAAAAAACACAGCUCGCAGGGGAAAUGCUCAAAGUAUGAUGCAUUUCGAUUGAGUUUUUCUUCAGAUUGAGCCAGAAAGAUAGGUAUUUGUGCCUUAUUUUGAUUAAAACAUGUAUAUUGAUUAGUUAAAUACAGCAUAAAGACGCUAACCUCAACUUCAUCCAAAUUUUGUCAAGAUUAUUUUUGUCUAUGCCCUCUGCCGCAGGUCAAAAUUAAAAGACGACAUAAGCAGCAGCUUUACAAAAGUUUCAGCUCUUCAACGACGACGCCCAAGUCACCUACAACAACCUGCGCACCUUCCUUCCUCAGCUUGAGUGCUUCUGUGUCACGAUGAUCUACUGUUUCCGGUUCCGUUUAUGGCGAUUACUAAUACAUUUCCAGAAGCGUCUUAUCACCGGUUAUGGAGCAUCAACUACCAGCAUGAUCAGUUAUUACGAUGAUUCUGAUACAACUUUUUGA